CAGAAGGGUGAGGCACUGAUCCUGCUAGUUGGGCAGGAUGCUGGCAGGAGGGCGGGGUGAGGAGGGGCGGAGCUUCCAGGACAAAGGAGAACGGGGAGCCCUGGGGGCUCAGGCAAGGCAUCAAAAAGGCUCUGCAGAGUGAGCAGGCCACAGCAGCUGUCUGCCUCUGUGCCCAGCAGUUGAUCAGACAACUCUGGCCUGGUACCUUCUCCCUGCCCCAAGCCAGCCACCUAAGCGACACUCCGCUUAGAGAGGCCUUGUUCUCCACCGUGAUUGCGCCAACACUACUCUGUGGCUUUCUCUGCUUGGUGUGGGUUGCUGCUGCUGUUCCAGAGGAGAGAAGAGGAAUGGCCGGGAGCGGAGCCAGGAGCCAGGAGGGCCGCCGGGAGCGUACCUACGUCCCGGAGCCUUUUGAUGGAGCCAACAUAGCCCCACACCUCUGGCUGCACCGUCUUGAGGUCAUUGACAACCUCAACCAUUGGGACCAUGGCAGCAAGCUAAGGUUCCUGAAAGAGUCCCUCAGGGGAGAUGCCCUGGAGGUCUACAGUGGACUUAGUCCUGAGGACCAGGGGGACUAUGGGGCUGUGAAAGAGACCCUCCUGAAUGCCUUUGGGGGGUCCAGGACCACCCAUGGCCACCUGCCCAAGGAGAUCGUCUUUGCCAACAGCAUGGGCAAGGGCUAUUACCUCAAGGGGAAGAUUGGUGAAGUGCCGGUGAGGUUCCUGGUGGACUCUGGGGCCCAGGUCUCCGUGGUCCACCCAAGCUUGUGGGAGGAGGUUACCGAUGGCGACUUGGACACCCUGCGGCCCUUUGAGAACGUGGUGAAAGUAGCCAAUGGGGCUGAAAUGAAGAUCCUGGGCAUCUGGGAUACACUGGUGUCCCUGGGCAAGCUGAAGCUGAAGGCAGAGUUCCUGGUGGCCAAUGCAAGUGCUGAAGAAGCCAUCAUUGGUACCGACGUGCUCCAGGACCACAAUGCUGUCCUAGACUUCGAGCAUCGCACAUGCACCCUGAAAGGGAAGAAGUUCCACCUUCUGCCUGUUGGAGGGUCCCUGGAGGAUGAGUUUGACCUGGAGCUCAUAGAGGAAGAGCCCUCCUUGGAGGAAGGGCGGCAGCAGCUCUCCUGUUGAGAAGCCCCUUUUCCUUACCUCCAAACAUUGGUGGGAAGACCCACCACGGUGGAGGGGAAGGGCAUACACCCUCAGGGGGUCACUGGGCUUGGCCAACCCUCUAAAACCAACUCUUGCCCUCCUCCUCCCCCUCCUCCUCCCUCUCCAGGGGCCUUAAUCGGCCCCUGGUGGGAGUGGCUUCCAUUUGAAAAGGCACAGGUGAGGGAGAGCAGGCUGGCUUUCUUAGAGGCAGAGAAGGUCCUCAUGUUUGUCAAGCUGCUAUCAGUGGCAAAGACUCAAAGGCUAAAAGAAGGUUCCAAGAAGGCUAGACAUGGUUGUCUUUGAGAGAGGACCCUUUCAGAUCCCCUGAGAUGUAGCUCAGUCACCUUCAGGUCCAUGCAGCCUGUCUCAGCUGGGCUGGGUCUUGGCUGCAGAGUCCUCACAAGCAAGACCCAGCUCACAGGUGAGGGUCACAGCUGCUUGGGGAUUCUUCCCCAUUGGGUCUUCCCACCUGCAUGAUCUAUGUUUUCUUCUGUUAUUUGCUUUGAAACUCAGUGAGCCUUAUGUCAAUAAUUCAUUACUUCAAAAACCAAUAAAGAUUGACUCAUGGAAAAAC